CAAAUGAAGCAGCUGCUGAGUCAGCUCUGGGUUUCGGGAAGUCAGAUGACCUUUUCCCUCUGCCGGCUUUCUGCCUCUCUCUGCCCCAAGGUGGAUACCAUGGACCCAGUGAUGGCUCUCCUUUGCCUGUUGCCCUUAUACCCAGGCUUGGCUGCAGCCGCUCCCUCCUGCCCUCAGAACGUGAAUAUCUCCGGUGGCACUUUUACCCUCAGCCAUGGCUGGGCCCCUGGGAGUGUCCUCACCUACUCCUGUCCCCUGGGCCGCUACCCAUCCCCAGCAUCACGGCUGUGCAAGAGCAAUGGACAGUGGCAGACCCUGAGAUCCACCCAGCUCACAAAGGCGGUCUGCAAACAUGUUCGCUGUCCAGCUCCUGUUUCCUUUGAGAAUGGUAUGUUCACCCCGAGGCUGGGGUCCCACCCUGUGGGUGGCAACCUGAGCUUCCAGUGUGAGGAUGGCUUCACCUUGCGGGGCUCGGCUGUGCGGCAGUGUCGCCCUAAUGGCAUGUGGGAUGGGGAGACGGCCGUGUGUGACAAUGGUGCUGGCCACUGCCCCAACCCGGGCAUCCCGGUGGGCGCCGUGCGGAUGGGGUCCCGCUUCGGCCUUGGGGAUAAAGUCAGCUACCGCUGCUCCUCAAAUCUGGUGUUGACGGGGUCUGCGGAGCGGGAGUGUCAGAGCGAUGGGGUCUGGAGUGGGACGGAGCCCAUAUGCCGCCAGACCUACUCUUACGACUUUCCUGAGGAUGUGGCUCCCGCCCUGGGCGCUUCGUUGUCCCACCUGCUUGGAGCCACCAACCCCACCCAAAAGAAAAGGGAGAACCUGGGCCGUAAAAUCCAAAUCCAGCGUUCUGGUCACCUGAACCUCUACCUGCUCCUGGAUGCCUCUCAGAGUGUGAAGGAAGAAGACUUUCACGUCUUCAAGGAGAGCGCCAUUCUCAUGGUGGACAGGAUCUUCAGCUUUGAGAUCAAUGUUAGUGUCGCCAUCAUCACCUUUGCAUCCAAGCCCAAAAUCAUCAUGUCUGUUCUGAAUGACAACUCCCGGGAUGCGACUGAAGUGAUCAACAGCCUGAACAAGGUCAACUAUAAAGACCAUGAGAAUGGAACCGGGACAAACACCUAUGCAGCUUUAAAUAGUGUCCAUAUCAUGAUGAAUAACCAGAUGGAUCGCCUCGGAAUGAAGACGGCGGCCUGGCAGGAAAUCCGACACGCCAUCAUCCUUCUGACAGAUGGAAAGUCUAACAUGGGUGGCUCUCCCAAGCUGGCUGUUGACAAUAUCAAAGAGAUCUUGAACAUCAACCAGCAGAGGAGCGACUAUCUGGACAUCUAUGCCAUUGGGGUGGGCAAGCUGGAUGUGGACUGGAGAGAACUGAAUGAACUGGGAUCGAAGAAGGAUGGUGAGAGACAUGCCUUCAUUCUGCAAGACACAGAGGCUCUGUACCAGGUCUUUGAGCACAUGCUGGAUAUUUCCCAGCUCACAGACACCAUCUGCGGGGUAGGGAACAUGUCAGCCAAUGCCUCCGUCCAGGAAAGGACACCGUGGCAUGUUACUAUUAAGCCUAGGAGCCAGGAGACCUGCCGGGGGGCCCUCAUCUCAGACCAGUGGGUGCUGACGGCUGCUCACUGCUUCCGCCAAGCUGAGAACAGCUCUCUGUGGAGGGUCACUGUAGGGGAUCCUAACUCCCAGUGGGGCAAAGAGUUCACUAUUGAGAAGGCAGUGAUCUCCUCGGAGUUUGAUGUCUUUGCCAAGAAGAAUCAGGGGAUCCUCGAGUUCUAUGGUGAUGACAUUGCCCUAUUGAAGCUGGCCCAGAAAGUGAAGAUGUCCACCCAUGCCAGGCCCAUUUGCCUUCCCUGCACGGUGGCGGCCAACCUGGCUCUGCGGAGACCCCCAGGCAGCACCUGCCGAGACCAUGAAAGUGAACUUCUGAACAAGCUGAGCAUUCCUGCUCAUUUUGUGGCCUUGAACGGGGACAAACUGAACAUUAACCUCAAGACAGGGACAGAGUGGACAAGCUGUAUUGAGGCCGUUUCCCAAGACAAAGCUACAUUCCCCAACUUGAAGGAUGUCCGAGAGGUGGUGACAGACCAGUUCCUAUGCAGUGGGACAGGGAAGGAUGACAAUCCCUGCAAGGGAGAAUCUGGGGGAGCAGUUUUCCUUGAGCGGAGACACAGGUUUUUUCAGGUGGGCCUGGUGAGUUGGGGUCUCUACAGCCCCUGUAGCAAGAGUAAUAAAAACUCACGCCAGAGGCCCCCCAAGGGCAAGGAACCACGAGAUUUUCACAUCAACCUCUUUCGCCUGCAGCCCUGGCUGCGGCAGCACCUGGAGGAUAUCCUGAACUUCUUACCCCUCUAAUUGUGGCCACCCAUCCCCUCUGUUGUCCUGCCAGCAUCUGCCAUCUGUCUUGUCUCGCACCCUUGAACUCAGACCCAUGACCCACCUGUGCUCCCAGCAACCCCGGAGAAGCACAUUCAGGCUGGGGAAUCCCCAGGGGCGCACCCUCUGCUUUCCUUGACUCACUCUCCUUUCACUCAUGUGGAAUUACCCAGUUAUGAAAUUAAUAAAAAUCGACAAUGUC